AUGGCUUUAAAUAUUCCGUUUGUUGUCAAAGUUGUAUUAUUUUUUUGCUUGAUGAACGUCGCUGAGGCUGGUGUCAUAGAAGCAGAUAACAACAGGCAACCACAACAAAUCCACAUUGCUUACGGAGAUGAUGUAUCAAAGAUGAUCAUUACAUGGAGUACUUUCAAGGACACAGCUUCUGCAGUUUUGUAUGGCUUGUCCUCCAGAAAUCUAAGCAUGUCCCAGCAGGGCUCCAGCUCCGAAUUUAUCGAUGGCGGGUCUGAGAAGCGCUCUCAGUUCAUCCAUGUAGUUGAGCUCACUGGUUUGGUCCCCAACACCACGUACUAUUAUGUAGUUGGCAGUGGACAAGGAUGGUCCUCGGUGUUCUAUUUCAAAUCCAUGCCUGCAGGAGAGGACUGGGGCCCAAGCCUUGUGGUGAUCGGAGAUCUGGGAAGUGCCAAUGCUCAGUCUCUACCCCGCCUAGAGUUGGAUGCAGCCCAGGGCAUGUAUGAUGCCAUCAUCCAUGUUGGUGAUUUUGCCUAUGACCUUCAAGCUGAUAAUGCUAGAGUUGGUGAUAGGUUUAUGAAUCAGGUUGAAUCCCUGACAGCUACUUUGCCUUACAUGACAUGUCCGGGAAACCAUGAAUAUUAUUACAAUUUCUCCAACUAUCGGGCCAGAUUUAACAUGCCAAAUGACAAUAAGAAAAUGUACUACAGCUUCAACAUGGGACCGAUUCACUUUGUUUCUUUGUCAACUGAGUUCUUGUACUUUCCUUACUUUGGGUACAACCAGAUAUUUGAGCACUAUGACUGGCUUAAGAAAGAUUUAAUGGAUGCCAAUUUGCCUGAAAACAGAGCCAAACGACCAUGGAUUGUUACUUUUGGCCACCGUCCUAUGUACUGUUCUAACAAUGAUAAUGAUGACUGCACAAGCCAUGAAAGUUUGGUUCGUGUUGGAGUUCCCAUGCUAAAUAUACCAGGACUCGAACCCCUGUUUUACGAACAAGGUGUGGAUCUGUCUAUUUGGGCACAUGAACAUUCUUAUGAAAGACUUUGGCCUGUCUACAACAUGAAGGUGGAAAAUGGGAGCUAUGAUGAGCCUUACACAAACCCUGGUGGAACAACACACAUAAUUACUGGAUCUGCUGGCUGCAGUGAAAGGGUGGAAUAUUUUGAGAAGAACCCACCUGAUUGGUCAGCUUUCCGCUCUAGUGAUUAUGGCUACACACGAAUGAAGUUUUUCAACAAAACACAUUUGUAUGUGGAACAAGUGUCAGAUGACCAGGGUGGCCAGAUUAUUGACAGUUUCACACUAAUAAAGGACCAGCAUGGGCCAUUUGAAAAACUGAAGAAAACAUUUUAA